AUGCACCUCCCUACACCGACACACACCUUCACCAUCCCCUCCCUCCACGAUGGGAUCAGGCUCGACUGCCGGAUAUACCAUCCACAAGGGUGGUUACAUCCAAGUAACACGUCGGGUCAGCGGAUACGAGGAGCGAUCGUUGCACAUCCCUAUGCGUCUCUCGGAGGAUGCUAUGACGAUCCGGUGGUGAGUUUCGUCGCAGGGGAGUUUCUUCGAGCUGGGUGUGUGGUGGGCACCUUCAACUUCCGUGGCGCUGGUGGCUCAGAAGGGCGGACAAGCUGGACGGGUAGGCCUGAAUUGGCCGAUUACGCCUCUUUCUACGGAUUCAUGCUGCUUUACCUGCAUCGUCUGAGAGGUUGCCGACCUACCUCACUUGGUGAGCGUGGAGAUGACUAUCAAGCCGUGCAGCUCAUAUUAGGCGGCUACUCAUAUGGGUCAAUGAUUGCCUCGUCUCUCCCGCACCUGAAUCUGAUUGCGGAUGUAGUCAGGCAAUCUCGCCAUGGUACCCCAAUGCAUGAGAUCUACCAAGUUGCUCGUGACCUUGCCUACUGCCUAGAGGAAGAUAAGGACAUCCUGGAGCAGAACCAAAACACGCGCCAGGAGAUGGAGAAUGCUGCAGAUGCUAUUCAGAGUACAAUGAUUGCCUACCUACUCGUUUCACCCAUUCUACCGCCACUCAAUCGCUUUCUCACAUUAUUCGCCAAGCCAUCCCUUGAAAUUCAAGUGUAUGACUCGGCUGAAAGGCGGUCGAUUCCUUGUCCCCAACCAGCAGACCAGAUAUGCGCGCAUGAAACCCUUGCUCUCUACGGAACUCAGGACACCUUCACUUCCGUACAUAAGCUGCAGACCUGGUCGACAGAACUCAUUCAAAAGCCUUCGAGUAAAUUUCUAUCAGCUGAGAUCGAUGGCGCAGGGCAUUUCUGGAGAGAAGAUGGUGUUCGGUCGCAGGCCAGAGACGCCAUUAGGAACUGGCUAUAUCGAAUACAUCUAGCACCCGCCGUGGCCAGUGGAUAA